AUUUAUGAUCAUCGUAACUCUCCUCUGCAUUUUCCUGCCACUUGGGUGCCUUCAGCAAGAAUAUACCCUAGGCUUCAUGCUUAACGAAAAAGACGAAGAUUCCUUGUCCAUCUUCAAACACAUAAUAAAGUAUGCCAUCAAUAAAGUCAACAGCAAUUCUACUGGGAUCAAGUUUAACUACGAGUUCGAGGAAUACGAUGGCUCUUCUCUUUUUGAAGUUGUCAAUGCCUCAUGCAACUUACUGACUAAAGAUGUGGUAGUUGUGAUAUCUCCAGAUAUUUCCAACAAUAUUGCGAUCCAAGCAGAUGUAUUCAACAGCGUCAAAAUGCCUCUCAUCGCAUCUGCAGCAACAGAUUCUUAUCUACAAACUGCAGGAAGGAACCAACUGUAUGUCAUGGCCCCCUCAGAUUUGACCCAGGCACAGGUUCUUGUGGACUUACUGACAAAAUUUGGUUGGACAAAGAUUUCCCUGAUAGCCUCUGACAGUAACUACGGCAUCCACAGUGCUACAACUCUACAACAGUUGCUGAUAGAAAGAACGGCUGAUGUCACUGCCCAGGAAGAGUUUGAUGCUUCAGUAUACUUCUUUGAAGCUGUUAGUGAUCCUGCUGACCUGUACUUGGAGGAUAUUCUAAAGAACAUGGUAGAUUCUCUAGAUAGAGUAUUUGUUUUACAUUGCGAGGAUUACUACGCUAGAUUUGUCCUGCAAGAGGCUUAUAAUGCAGGUCUGUUGAACGAGGAUUUUGUUUGGAUUGUCACAGAAAGUAUUGUUUCAUCCCCACAAUCACUGAGAGUUACAACAGAUAAGAUUCGUCGGCUGCAUUUUCCCAUCUACUAUGAGGGCCUGAUAGGUAUAUCUCUUUAUGUGGAUACUGUGAAUCCAACCUAUAGAGAUUUUAAACGUGAUGCUGUGUCAUCUCUUGCAGGAGAGAUAAAAAGUAGAGAUAUUACCCCUCUAGUAGCGAUGCUAUAUGAUGCAACCAUGCUCGCCACUAAAGCACUCCAAGAUAACAUUAAUGAGUUGACAGAAACUGUUGCAGAUGCAAGAUGUGGAAACAACAAAUGGGCGGCUGGUAAAGACAUUGCACGUUUUCUGACGACCACUAAUUAUACAGGAGCUUCUGGGUCUUAUAAUUUAGAUAGAAAUCAUGCAAAAGAUCAUGACAGCCAAUACAGAAUCGUGAAUUUCAUAGAUCCAGGGACAGGACUUGAUAGUGGAUUUUCGGGAAUAGGGACGUGGACAACUGCUCAAGGACUCAAAAUAACAUCAGAAGAUGUUCAAUUUCUUGGAAGAGUCAAGAAAUCCCCGACAGGCAUUGCUGAUACAUUAGAAGGUCAGCACUUCAAGGUAGGGGUCAUACAUGUGCCUCCUUUUGCUAUAAAUGUGGAAGGUUGCCAAGAAAUAGAGUGCUGGGAAGGAAUCUGCCCAAAGAUUGUUAAAAGAUUGGCAGAAGACCUUAAUUUUACAUACGAGUUUGUUGAGCCAAAAGAUAAGAAAUACGGCCACUUGACAAAAACUGAAAGCAACCCAAAAGGAGAGUGGGAUGGCUUAGUAGGUGACCUCUUAAAAAACAGGAUUGAUAUCAUUGCCGUGGAUUUAUCAGUAAGCUCACAGAGAAGAUCUUAUAUAGACUUUACUUUCUCCUACCUGGAAUCUGGAAUAAGUGUCAUAAUGAAAGGGGAGUCUAAAACAGAUAACAGAUUCUUUUUCUUGAGUCCAUUUGCCUUUUCGACAUGGGUUGCAAUCUUUAUAGCAUUUGCCCUCAUUUCAGUUUUCCAGACUAUUUUAGGGAAGCUUUCUCCCUGUGAUCAGCAUGGGAUAAUAGCUUUUGCAAAUGAAACUUGUUGCUGUAAAAGUUGUGAGGAUCCUACGGAUGAUUCAGCCAAGUGUUUGGUAACUGAGGCACAAAAAGAGAUCAAUGCCGAUUCAAUUUCUCUGAUUAAUGCUGUUUGGGUAAUCGGAGGCAGUUUACUUGGACAGGGAGGUGAACCUUUGCCGAGAAGCCCAUCUGGACGAAUGAUAAUUCUGACAUGGUGGUUCUUUGUUCUGCUUAUCACCAAUAUGUAUGGAGCUAACCUCACAGCUUUCAUGACUCUUGACAACCAAGGUGUACCUAUAAGUAAACCUUCUGAGCUGCUAAUUCAAACUGAUUAUAAAUGGGGUGUACGACACGAAUCAGUUUUUGCAGUCCUUCUGGAAAACAAUAUCGAUACAAAUUAUCAAAAGCUAGGGAGCCAAUCAGAAUUUGUUUCAAGUUUUGAUAGUGGGAUGGAAAUGGUUGAUAAGGGUGGAUUUGCUUUCAUUGACGAUACACUGAUACUUGAAUACCACCUUUUUGACAGCUGUCAAAUCUUCUUUGUUGGAGAAAAAUUACUGACAAUCCCAGUUGCAUUUGGUCUUCCAAUAAACUCUCCCUACGCCAGACUGUUUAAUCAACAGUUAUUGAAAUACCGUGAAGAAGGAUUCUUUCACGACCUUUGGAAUGAGCAAGGAAAAAGAAUGGAAGAAAGGAAAUGUGGUAAAGACAGCGUUGGCAGCGACAAAAUGCUGAGUUUCCAAACUCUAAUUGGUAUCUUCUAUGUUUUGAUCCUUGGAGUUUUAGUGAGUGUAACCCUUUUGAUCUUAGAAUUAACUGUUGCAACAAUACGCGACAAUUCUCAUGAUGGCAAAACCACCUUUUUUGAGAGACUCAAGCGAAGACUAAAAUUAGCAUUUGUAGCAACUAGCUUUCAGAAGAAAAGGAAGGUGAAGAAGAGGCAAGCUGCCUAAUGCCUAUAUCUCCACUUCCAGCAAACAGUUCAGUUGAACCAGAAAUCUCUUCUGAGAACCAAAAAGAAAACUGCAAAGUAUAAGGUGGUGAAGUCUUUGAUAAGCUUGAAGAGUAUUCGGAACAAUUUGAAAGACCGAAAUUGAAAGCAAAACAAUAUUUUUUAGGGUUAUCUUUGUUGGAUAAUUCUAAAAACUCUUUCGAUGGUAGACAGUCUUGGAAAAAGAAGUUUAAAUUAUUAAAUCUCUUUUCUUAAUAUAACAGCAGUUUAUUGAAUACAACUUAAAAUUGAGUUUAAUGAGCUGAAUGAAAUUAAGAACAGAGCUCAGGGCAACAACAACUUGGAAAUCUUUUUAUUGUUUAUUAAUAUUGCAAUGAUAAGACAUUUUAUUUAUUCAUUUCUUCUACACAAUUCUGUGAAAAAAGUAAUCUUUUUAUAACAUUUACAUUAUAUCAAAUCUUGAGAUGUAUUACUGAUACUAACUGUUUCAAGCGAAUGUUAAAGAACCAUUUACAUUAUCAGUUUUGAAGUCUCUAUCUUUUCCAUUUGUCUUUACUUUGCAAAACACAUUGGCUUCUAUUUUUUACCACACUCUAUCUUAUGUCUUGAUCUCUAGCUUUCUAAGAUCAGCUUCUUUCUGGUUGAUUAUGUCGCUGUACUAACCUUUAUUAUACCUACAUGUAUUUGUGUGGUUUCUGCUUCUCCUUAGUUUAGUGUGGUUUACAAUAAAAUA